AAAUUGCAGCUCCAUUGCUACAAUAGCAAGAGUGACCACACAAACACUAAACUACACAUAUACCAGAAUCAUCAUGGCUUUAAGGAACAAAAGUUUCCAACUUCUGUCUGAGAUUGCAACCAACGACAAGCAUGGAGAGAACUCUCCUUAUUUUGAUGGCUGGAAGGCCUAUGAAUCAAACCCUUUUCACCCCACACAAAAUCCUCAGGGUGUUAUUCAGUUGGGUCUUGCAGAAAAUCCGCUGACCUUGGAUCUGAUUCAAGACUGGAUAAUGAAGAAUCCCCAAGCCUCCGUUUGCACACCUGAAGGAGUGAAAUGGUUCAAAUAUAUUGCAAACUUUCAGGACUAUCAUGGAUUGCCAGAGUUCAGAAAUGCUGUGGCAAAUUUUAUGUCAAGAGUGAGAGGUGGAAGAGUGAGAUUUGAUCCUGACCGUAUAGUUAUGGGUGGAGGGGCCACUGGGGCUAACGAGCUAGUUAUCUUCUGUUUGGCUAAUCCUGGAGAUGCUUUUCUGGUUCCUAACCCUUAUUAUCCAGCAUUUGCCCGAGACUUGUGUUGGAGAACUAAGGCUCAACUCAUUCCCGUAGAAUGUGACAGCAGCAACAACUUCAAGAUAACGAGGGAGGCUCUUGAAGAAACAUACGGCAAAGCAAAAGAUGGUAAUAUCAACGUGAAAGGGUUGAUCAUAACAAACCCUUCGAACCCUCUAGGAACCACCAUGGACAAGGAAACACUGAAGAGCAUCGUGGGGUUCAUCAAUGAGAAGAACAUACACUUAGUGUGCGAUGAAAUAUAUUCUGCCACAGUGUUCAGAGCUCCUUGCUUUGUGAGUGUCUCUGAAGUGAUACAAGAGUUAGAGCACUGCAAUAAAGACCUUAUUCACAUUGUUUACAGUUUGUCCAAGGACUUGGGGAUUCCGGGGUUGAGAGUUGGGAUAGUUUAUUCGUACAACGAUGAAGUGGUGAACAAUGGGAGGAAAAUGUCAAGCUUUGGGUUAGUCUCAACUCAGACACAGUUUCUUCUGGCUGCGAUGCUUUCUGAUAACGAGUUUGUGGAGAGGUUUCUGGCAGAGAGUGGAAGAAGGUUGGGUGCAAGGCAUAAUCACUUCAUAAAGGGCCUUGAAAAGGUGAACAUUACUUGCUUGCCAAGCAAUGCAGGGCUUUUCUUCUGGAUGAACUUGAGGAGCUUGCUGAAGGAAAAAACAUUCGACGGUGAAAUGAUGCUGUGGCGUGUGAUCAUCAACGAGGUGAAGCUUAAUGUGUCACCAGGUUCAGCUUUCAAUUGUCCUGAGCCCGGUUGGUAUAGGGUUUGCUUUGCUAACAUGGAUGAUGAAACUGUGGAAGUUGCACUCAAGAGAAUCAGAGCAUUUGUUGGCAAAGAGACAGGGAAACCAGUGGAACUCAAACGUUGGAAAAGCAACCUUAGACUCAGCUUCUCAUCAAGAAGGUUUGAUGAGAGUGUUAUGUCACCUCACAUGAUGUCACCUCAUUCACCAAUGCCUCACUCACCCCUUGUCAGAGCCACUUAGUUAGACCAGUAUAUAUAUGUACCUUAAAAACUUCGUAUGUGUUAAGAGUCAAAUUACAUAAUGGUUUUUCUACUACAUAUGUCAUUUAAACUUAUGUUUGUGACGUUG